GCGUAUGGCUGCCCCGGCGGCUGCCUGACCGUCGCUCGCCACCUCGGCGGCCUCGCAACCCGUGGGAGCCCGUGGCCAUCGCAGACCUAGAGGGCACACUGGGUGGCGCAGUCGCCGCGGCAAGGUCGGCGGGCGGCGCGGCGCGGGGGACGGCGAGCGGGGGUCGGCCCGGCCGGGGUCCUCGCGGGUCCUCGGCGGGCCCGGGGGAGGGCCCUCUUUGUGGCUGCAGUUGGCAAGAUGGCGCCGGUGGGGGUGGAGAAGAAGCUGCUGCUGGGUCCCAACGGGCCCGCGGUGGCGGCCGCCGGCGACCUGACCAGUGAGGAGGAGGAAGGCCAGAGCCUAUGGUCCUCCAUUCUGAGCGAAGUGUCCACCCGUGCCAGGUCGAAGCUGCCGUCCGGCAAGAACAUCCUGGUCUUCGGUGAAGAUGGUUCUGGUAAAACAACCCUCAUGACUAAACUACAAGGAGCUGAGCAUGGCAAAAAAGGAAGAGGCCUAGAAUAUCUCUACCUCAGCGUCCAUGAUGAGGACCGAGAUGAUCACACGCGCUGCAAUGUGUGGAUUCUGGAUGGGGACUUGUACCACAAAGGCCUGCUGAAAUUUGCAGUUUCUGCUGAAUCCUUGCCAGAGACCCUCGUCAUUUUUGUUGCAGACAUGUCUAGACCUUGGACUGUGAUGGAAUCUCUGCAGAAAUGGGCUAGUGUUUUACGUGAGCACAUUGAUAAAAUGAAAAUUCCACCAGAAAAAAUGAGGGAGCUGGAACGAAAGUUUGUGAAAGAUUUUCAAGACUAUAUGGAACCUGAAGAAUGUUGUCAAGGUUCACCACAGAGGAGAGGACCUCUGACCUCAGGCUCCGAUGAAGAAAAUGUUGCCCUGCCUCUGGGUGACAAUGUGCUGACUCAUAACCUGGGGAUCCCGGUGUUGGUGGUGUGCACAAAGUGUGAUGCAGUGAGUGUCUUGGAGAAGGAGCACGAUUACAGGGAUGAGCAUCUGGACUUCAUCCAGUCACACCUGCGGAGGUUCUGCCUUCAGUAUGGAGCUGCCUUGAUUUACACAUCAGUGAAAGAAGAGAAAAACCUCGACUUGUUGUAUAAGUAUAUUGUUCAUAAAACAUACGGUUUCCACUUCACCACACCUGCCUUAGUUGUGGAAAAGGAUGCCGUUUUUAUACCUGCAGGCUGGGACAAUGAAAAGAAAAUAGCUAUUUUACACGAAAAUUUUACAACUGUGAAGCCAGAAGAUGCAUAUGAAGACUUUAUUGUGAAACCUCCCGUGAGAAAGCUGGUCCACGACAAAGAGUUGGCAGCAGAAGAUGAGCAGGUGUUCCUAAUGAAGCAACAGUCACUCCUUGCCAAGCAGCCAGCCACACCCACGAGAGCUUCUGAAUCUCCUGCAAGAGGACCCUCUGGCUCUCCAAGGACUCAGGGUCGGGGAGGGCCAGCCAGUGUACCUAGCUCCUCCCCAGGGACGUCAGUAAAAAAGCCGGACCCAAACAUCAAAAAUAAUGCUGCAAGUGAAGGGGUGUUGGCCAGCUUCUUCAACAGUCUGUUGAGUAAAAAGACAGGCUCUCCUGGAAGUCCUGGUGCUGGUGGGGUGCAGAGCACAGCCAAGAAGUCAGGACAAAAGACUGUGUUGUCAAAUGUUCAGGAAGAACUGGAUAGAAUGACUCGAAAGCCAGACUCUAUGGUAACAAACUCUUCAACAGAAAAUGAAGCCUGAACCUCCUUAAAAAGUGCAUAUGUCGAAUGACCAAAUAACUAUGUAUAUUGAUCUGCUAAGACCAGGAUUUUUCUGAUAUGGCACAUGCUAUCAGUUUUUUGGGGCAGGGGAGAUGAACUUAAAAAAAAAAAAAAACUUCACUGGCUUGUCCGAGUAUGAAAUGCACAUUUAGGAAGGUUACAUGUCAGACCCUUUGUUAAGGAUAACCCUUGGACUCUCGGGCAUGUGGCUCUUUUGUGGGAGGCAAGCACGUCUGGGCUUCUUGUGGAGGGGAAGGUAGAGUGAAAGAAGGAGGGCCCGCUUUCUAUCAGGGUGGAGCAAAUGAGACCAAGAAAUCAUUGGUAAGAUGAUGGUUAGUCUGACCAGUUUCAUGUUAGCAAAUUCACUUGUUCUUGGGAAGCAGAUUAAGUGGCAGAAAGUCCAGGAAAGAAAGACCAGAAGGAGUAAUGAGAGAAGUGAUGGUAGGGAAGCUGAAUGUUGAGGCAGGUGGAGGAAGGAGGAGAUGAGCAGUGUCAGUAAAUACUGUGCAUUCAGUAGAAGUUGAAGAAUCAUUGUUAGAAGCAUUUCCAAACAAAACACUAAGCAAAAUGGGAAUUAGGCUUAUUUCGAAUGCAUCUUUAACUUACGAAAGAUGUACUAAUUGUGGGGGUGCCUGAGUCAGGUGGAGCUGACCCAGGGGUGGGAAUGAUGGCAGCUGCCCGGGACCCAUGUGCUUGGCUCAGGCUAUAUGUCCUCUUGAGAGGUGCUGGGCUCCAUGGAUAUGUGUUGUGGGGCAGACAGUCACUGUGGGAUGUCUUCAAAGUCAGCAGUUACAGAAUUAGUUUACUUUGAAUUUUGUUGUCUAAAUAGCUCCUGCUUUGUUUUUUAAAUUAAAUUUUUUGUUUUUACUACCACAGGCUGGCCUAACUAACAGAAAAUGGGUGAUCAACCUCUGAUUUUACCAUAAUGCAAUGUGCCACAGAAAGUUUGGGGGAGUUUUUUAAUGUAAUUGCACUCUGGUUAAUUGGCUCGUACCAAGUCCUGCCUUAUGAUUUGUGGAAAGCUUCAAGGAGUUCCACUGAUGCAAAAGGGUCUUUUCCUAGCUUCCCGGUCUGAUCAGUGCUAUCAGAUGGACAGAUAAGCAUGAAUGUUUUAUACCGAAAAUGGAAAUGAUACAUUUCUCUUGUUACGUGUUUUCAUAAAAUGUAGCAUUUUUUUUCUUAUGGAAUAGAGUUUCAGGUGUCUCCCCACCUAGGGCAAAUUCACGCACAUUGUCAUGUCAUACCACCAUUCUGGAAAUGAUUUCUGUGGAUUUGAAAUUGCACUUUUAAUUUUAUAUAUGACAGCAUUUAAAUGCAAACACUACCAUGAAUUUCAUGUAUAAAAUGUUGUCAAACCAAGGGAAAAAACCACAGUUCACCAUGUGGAGUUUACUUUUUUUAUAUGAAUGUUUGUUGUACUGUGUCUAAGCAUAACUUCCCUAAUGUCAUUACUUUUACAUACCAGAUUUGACUGACCACUAAUGUAGUACUGGGGAUAACUUAAUAUCCUAUGUUGUGUCAAGAGUCUUUUAAGACUUUCUUGAAUUGCUUGCUUAAAGGUCUGAACACUGUUAAAGAGAAAGCUGAGUAUCAACUUGCCUUUCAGAUAGAAACGUUUCUUGUGCCAGUUUUAUUGUUGAAAUAUACUAUUUUUUUCCUUUUUUAAUUCAGUUUUUUAAAAAAACAAAUGUAUUGUGGCUUCCAAUUACCAGGUUGUCUAGGUAAUGACAGUAAACUGACUGUAGAAUGAUAAUUGUGGUAUAGUGACCAAUAGAUGCCAAACAGCUUGUGGCCGCACUAAAGGUGGGGUCGCUUAGUCCCUGGGAGUAAAAUGAGUGACCUCAGAAACAAGAAUUCCUGGAAAGGCACAUGCCGAAGAGGGAUAUGGUAUAAUUUUAAAUUUUAAUGCAAAAUUUUAAUUUGUCUUUUUUUUCCUAUCAUUUGAACUGAUAAGCACUUUUUGUGUCAAUAUAAAAUAUACUAAAACUGAUGAAAUGCUAAGACAUGUCUUGUGAAGGAAGGUUUCUUGGAGACCACUUUUAUUUACACGUGACAAGUGGAUGCUCCUAGUAUCAGAAGAAGCUGAUACAUAGUGUCAUGUGCUCAGUGGUUGCCAAAGUCUACCAACUUUGGGGAGCUGCAGGGUUCUUUUUGGGAGGUGGGAGGAAGGGAGAUGAGUUUUGUUAUUUUGGGGUUUUCAAGCAUUGGAACCAAAGGCCAAAUAAUAAACAGCCUUUAGUUUUUAAAGUAAAAUUCAUUUUAUUUGCAGAGUACACUUGUAUGGUAGACUGUUAAAGACAAUUUUAUGACUAUUAUGACUAUUUAUGCACAUUGUAAUGGUUACAUCUGCUGUUUGUCUUUAAAAUAAAAAAAAAAAAAAUCAAAGAAAAGCCCAACUUUGAAUACGUGGCUGAGAUAACGGCUAGGAAUUGGUCUUUCCUAAAAAUGCAAUAGAUAUGCUGCUAGAUUGUUAUUUUGUUUGCACUUUUUUUGAUUGGCAUUUUAAAAUCGGUAAACUGAAGACAUUGUCGUGUUUUAUUAAUUUAACAAAGUUGAAAGUGACUGCUCUGUACAUCAUGACCUUAACAAUGUUAAUGCUGUAAGUGAAAGUUCACUGUUGUCUGUAUACUAAAUUUAUUGGUGUUUCUAACUUAAAAUUAAGACUGCAGAUUAUCCCCCACCAGCCUUAGUCCAGGGGUGUGGCUCUGUCCGGGUGCAGUAUUAUGCAGUCAUGUGGAACCUUGCUUUCUAGUCCUGGGAAAAAAAGAAGAUGUCUCUAAUUACUGGCUUCAAUAAACACGAAUCCAGACUGCUUA